AUGAGGGGGGCUGUAGCUGUGCUGGUGUUGCUGUUCUGUCUGUCUGGGAAAUGGGCUCAGGGAGAGAGUGGAGGGGUCAGAAAGAAUUACAUCACUACAGAGACCACCCAACCUGACGACUGGGCUGAGCUGAAGCCUCUGAGAGACAUGAUGGUGGAACAGAGAGUGGAGCUGAGCGUCACCAAGACUGAUCUUCAGUUCCACGAGAACACAGUUGAAGAACUGAAGAGAGAGAACGUGUCACAAGCAGCAGAGCUGUCCGCCAUGGGGGAGAGACUGAAUGCCAGUGAGGGGGAGGUGGAGGAGCUGAAGAGCGAGAAUGGAGCGUUGCAGACUAGACUGGCAGCCGUUGAAAGAGAGGUGGAGGAGCUGAAGAGAAGGAACACAGACGGACCAAAGGUGGCCUUCUCUGCUGCUUUAGGCCGUCCAGUGGGACCCUUCAAUACUGUUAUCACACUAGUGUACCACAAUGUCAUCACUAACAUUGGUAAAGCCUACAGCCCAGUUACAGGGGCCUUCACAGCACCAGUGAGAGGGGUCUACUACUUCAGAUUCACUGGCAUGGACAACCGCAUGUCAAAACGUGUGGGUGUAUCCAUGAUAAAGAACGGCAACCACCAUAUAAUGUGGGCAGGUCAGAAAAAUGUAGCAGAUUAUCAGUAUGUAUCCAAUGCAGUGAUUCUAAAGCUAGAGGAAGGGGAUGUGAUCUAUAUGGAACUCGAUACAGGCUUUAGGCUCUAUGAUGAUCAUGAUAAACACAGCAUCUUCAGUGGCUUUCUGCUCUUCCCUAUGUGAGAAGAACACCACAAAAAGCUGACAUUCAAUCAGAUUAAAUGUAGUCUUUCUCUUGAUUCUGUGGAUGUCACAUUGAAUUCAAACUCUGUUUGUGCAUUCCUGAAUUGUACAAUAAAGGCUUGAUAAAUCACUCUCUAAAUCUCUUUUAUCCAAAGUGACUUACAGUCAUGUGUGCAUACAUUUUUACGUAUGGGUGGUCCCGGGGAUCGAACCCACUACCCUGGCGUUACAAGCGCCAUGCUCUACCAAUUGAGCUACAGAGGACCAAUAUGCAUAACUUAUACAAACAUACCUUAGUGGAAAUCUUCUGGCCAUUUAUUAAUGAGUUGCAAACAUUUAACAGUAUGUAAUUUAAUAGAAAGAUCCAUUGGCAAAACAAUUUUAAUUGCAGUGACUCAAAUCUGUAGCCCAUUAUUGGUAUAGUGAGUAGCCUAGCUAAUUCAGAUAAACAGGGGAUGUCUUUUUCUCCCCUUUUUAACAUUACAAGUCAGAAUAGAAAUUGACAGAUUAACUAUUUAAAAUACAACAUAGGGUCUCAUAGUCCCCUUCUGUGUCUUCAUCUGUUUCUUUCUUGUUAAACAUUUUCCCAUUCUGGAGUCUGAGACCUGUGGGAGAGAAGAGGAAUUUAUGACAAUUUAGCAUAGACACUAUAGAUACACAUUAUAGAUACCAUUUAGGCUUAGGUAGUUAUGUUAUCCACUGCUAGAUAAUAAUAAUAAUGAUAAUAAUAAUAGCUAACUAGUGUUUAAUAUGACUUGUUAACACUAAUAGCUAGCUACCACUGAUUAAAGGGGUUAGCUAGUUAUCACUGUUUUUGCUAAUACACUCACUAGCUAGUUAGCUAGCUAGCUAAUCCAAAAAAGCUAGCUAAACAAAUCGCAUGGAAAUUCUGUCAUGUCGAUGUUAGCUAGCUAGCUGGCAGCUAAUGUUUGCUAGCUAGCUAGAAAAGCUAACUAGCCAGCAAACGUGAUCUACUUAGCUAGCUAACUAUAUCAUGCCAAAGAUUAUCUUGUGCUAAAUCGUCUGGCAUAAAUUCUAUAUUCAAAAAUAAAUUUUAAGUUUUACCUAAUGCUAGCUAGCGAACGUUUCCUAGCUAGCAAGGUAGGACAGAGGUGAUAGCAAACGUUCGCUAGCUAGCUAGCUACUUAGCUAGCUGAUCAGCAUGCUAAAUCAUCCAGCAGAACUUCUGUAUCCAAAAGUGAAACAAAUUGCAUUGAGAAUUUACACUCUUCUCUGUCAACAUUUUUAUCUUGUGAAUAACGUUUAUUUCGUGCAAUCUCUUCUGUCUGGUCUUUGCACACUUCUCAUAGCCACGUCUAUCCUGAUUCUUCAUAACGCACUGUCACAUGAUGCCAGUGUCAACAGAAAUCGCUCCGCACGUUCCAUGUCGUCUUUAUUUCAAGCACGUUUCACAGAUGGCCAGAUCUCACAAAGUGGGGGGAAUUUCUCAGAAACCAGCGGAAACUCCAAUAAUAUAGAUUGAAAUCGUAUGAAGCCUUCAUUCCUGGAAUACAGUGCAUUCGGAAAUUAUUCAGAACUUUAGACUUUUUCCACAUUUUGUUACAUUACAGCCUUAUUCUAAAAUUGAUACAAUUAUAUUUUUUCCCUCAUCAAUCUACACACAAUACCCCAUAAUGACAAAGUGAAAACAGGUUUUUAGAAUUUUUUGUAAAUAUAUUAAAAAUAAAUUCAUCCUCCUUGAGAUGUUUCUACAACUUGAUUGGAGUCCACCUGCGGUAAAUUCAAUGGAUUGGACAUGAUUUGGAAAAGCACACACCUGUCUAUAUAAGGUCCCACAGUUGACAGUGCAUGUCAGAGCAAAACCCAAGCCAUGAGGUCGAAGGAAUUGUCCGUAGAGCUCCGAGACAGGAUUGUGUCGAGGCACAGAUCUGUCUGCAGCAUUCUUAAAUGGAAGAAGUUUAGAACCACCAAGACUUCCUAGAGCUGGCCGCCCGGCCAAACUGAGCAAUCGGGGGAGAAGGGAGGUGACCGAGAACCCGAUGGUCACUCUGACAGAGCUCCAGAGUUCUUCUGUGGAGAUGGGAGAACCUUCCAGAAGGACAACCAUCUCUGCAGCACUCCACCUAUCAGGCCUUUAUGGUAGAGUGGCCAGAUGGAAGCCGCUCCUCAGUAAAAGGCACAUCACAGCCCGCUUGGAGUUUGCCAAAAGGCACCUAAAGGACUCAGACCAUGAGAAACAAGAUUAUCUGGUCUGAAUGCCAAGCGUCACAUCUGGAGGAAACCUGGCACCAUCCCUACGGUGAAGCAUGGUGGUGACAGCAUCAUGCUGUGGGGAUGUUUUUUAGUGGCAGGGACUGGGAGACCAGUCAGGAUCGAGGGAAAGAUGAACGGAGCAAAGUACAGAGAGAUCCUUGAUGAAAACCUGCUCCCGAGCGCUCAGGACCUCAGACUGGGGCGAAGGUUCACCUUUCAACAGGACAACGACCUUAAGACACAGCCAAGACAACGCAGGAGUUGCUUCGGAAGAGACCUGUUUUGCUUUGUCAUUGUGAGGUGUGUGUAGAUUAAUGAGGGGGAAAAAAAGAUGUAAUCUAUUUUAGAAUAAGGCUAUAACGUAACAAAAUGUGGAAUAAGUCAAGGGGUAUGAAUACUUUCUGAAGACACUGUAAAUAAGUGUACCAAUGCAUCAUCAGGGUUUCAAACGUGGAGCAAGACACAUCAUGGGAGUUGGACCAUUGGUCUGAAAACCAACCAUUUCUGUUCCUGGGACAGAAAAACAAUGCAUCGCACCCAAAAGUGAGAAAAUAACUAUUGUUUAACUGUGCAACCAUUGAAAAUACGGUUGCAUGAUGAUAUAUGAGGGUUCAAUAUUAUACGCAUUUGUAAGUGCAUUUCUAAAUUGUUAACAGCUGGAGGGAAAUAGUGGCUGACUAUUUGGCAAGCCCUGACUGGCUAUCACACUAGUUUGACCAAUUUGUUAUAUCGCAUUUAUGAAUGGUUUAUAAGACAUUUACAAAUUAUUAAAUAACCGUUAAUAACCUAAUUACAAACCCUUUAUAAACCCUUUACAAAUGGAACCUUAUUGUAAAGUGUUAAUAAGCAAACUUGUCAUCCUUGCUUCAAAGUGUGAUAUCACAGUGAAUAGUAAGAUCAUGUAGUGCACUACCUUGACCUCUGCUAUAGUUUGUCACCCUGUCUUAUCAUACACUAUCCUAAUCUAUUGUAGCAGUCCCAAUUGACUUUCCCAUGGCCUUAAACAACCCAAAAUAUUAAUGGCGUGGCAUGUGGUAAUCUUUACCUGGGUUCUGUUACAUAACACAGUGAAUUUGGCUAUAUUGUCUAAAUGCUCCACUGAGGACAUCUGCUAAAGUUCCCAUGUAUUAGUCCACCGUGGCCAAUGAAGGACGUGAAAUGGAGUAAUCUUGAACUUUGUUCUGUUACAUCACACACAGUCCUUGUCUAUGUUCUCUAAAUGUACUGAGGACACCUGUUAAAGUUCCCAUGUAUUAGUUCACUGCAACCAAUGUGUAUUAGUUGUGACUGGUGGGAGGAGAUAUCAGAGGACAGACUCAUUGAAAUGCCAAACAUUUAUUUGAUACCAUUCCAUUUAUUCCAUUCCAGCCAUUGCAAUGAGCCUGUCCUCCAAUAUAUCUCCUGCCACCAGCCACCGCUGAUGUGUAUAUAAAGAAGGGGACUGAGCCUCAUAGACUAAAUACUUUCUGAAAAGGCCUUCUGUUUCAGAAUGAGGGGGGCUGUAGCUGUGCUGGUGUUGCUGUUCUGUCUGUCUGGGACAUGGGCUCAGGGAGAGAGUGGAGGGGCCAGAGAGAAUGACAUCACUACAGAGACCACCAACCCUGACGACUGGGCUGAGCUCAGGCCUCUGAGAGACAGCGGUGGAACAGAGAGUGGAGCUGAGCGUCACCAACACUGA